AUGCGGUUCUCUCUUGCAGCCGUGCUCAAUGGUCUCAUUGGUCUUUCGACCCUAGCCGUAGCUGCUACGGAAGUGUCGGAGACCGGUGCCCUGGAUGAUGCAAACAAUCAAGCCAUCCAGGCACUCCAAGGCCAAGAGGGCGGUGGUGUCUCGCUGCUGUCGGUGCAUGGCUCAAAGAGAUGUUCCCUUGCUACAGCAUCAAUCCGAAGAAACUGGAGGGCACUGUCCAAGAAGGAGAGGAAGGCUUACAUUGAUGCCGUGCUCUGCAUCAUGAAGAAGCCUUCCAAGGCCGAUCCUUCAUUCGCUCCCGGGGCCAAGUCUCGAUACGAUGAUUUUGUGGCCGUCCACAUCAAUCAGACACUGAGCAUUCACGGCACUGGUAACUUUCUCACCUGGCAUCGCUACUUCACCUGGGCCUACGACCAGCAAGUGCCCCUCUGCACUGUAACACACCUGAAACCAUCGCUGACAACCUUAAAGUACUGGGACUGGCUUGAUGGCUCCGACUUUGCUUCCUCUCCCAUCUUCGACGGAAGUGACACGAGCAUGAGCGGUGAUGGUACUUACGUCGCCCACAAUGGCAGUCUCGGCGGUAGCAAUAACAUUUACCUCCCAUCUGGAAAGGGGGGCGGCUGUCUUAAGGAUGGGCCGUUCAAAGACAUGGUAACGAACCUGGGCCCUGUCUCCCCAGGAAUGGACGGCCUCACGGCCAGUCCAACCGGCCCGCUUGGCUACAACCCCCGAUGCCUGCGUCGUGAUCUCACCUCCGCAGCCGUGGACAGGUGGAUGACUUUCGCCAACGUGUGGAACAUCACGGUCGGUGCCGCCUCUCGAAACAUUUCUACAUUCCAGAAUGAGCUGCAAGGUAGAUUUAGCGAUGAGUUUCUCGGAGUCCACGCUGCUGGCCACUUCACGAUGGGUGGUGACUCUGCCGACCUCUUCGCAUCCCCUAAUGAUCCCAUCUUUUUCCUUCACCACUCGAUGGUUGACCGUGUCUACUGGCUUUGGCAGGCUCUACAUCCGCAGGAGGCCAAGAAGAUCGCGGGUACCAUCACUAUUCUCAAUAUGCCCCCUAGUAGAGACGCCCUUCUGACUGACGUCCUGGACCUGGGGGUAAACGCCGAGCCCAUAACGAUUGGCGCUGCCCUAAAUACUCUUGGGAACUCUCCAUUCUGUUAUAUUUAUCUGUGA